AUGGCCUCCCACAUCCCGUCUCCGAACCCGGGGGAGCUCCUUGCUCCCUUCCUCCCCGCCCUCCCCGCUGCCUCCAUGUCGACUCAACCGGCGAUUGGCAUCUUGCCGCUCCUCUCCCCCAUCUUGCGUCAGAGAGUCAAUUUCCUGUCUUCGUCCAGCACUGAGCCAUGGCUGCGACUGUUGUGUUACGACACGGCCAAAGCUGCGAAGCUGGCCGAGAUUGCCCAGGGUGGCAGUCUGGAGCCGCAUCCAGUGUCUGGCGAAGUUGAGGUGGACUGGGAUUACGAUGCCGAGAUCCGCUUUCGACGGGUCGAUCAGGAGACUAUACAGGCCCUCGUCGUGCUCGACAGCCUCGGCUUAGCUUUCCAACUUCUCCAUUGCGUCGGCGAUAAAGAGGGCGGCGGCGAUGGGUGGAGGGUCGGCGAGGCAACAGUUGCUGACAAGCCUUCGCCGUUCUCGCAGUUCGGAGGAUUCUCGACCCUGGCAGAAGCUGAACGUCAGUUCGGGGAGAGUCAGGCGAAAAAGCCCGCCCCCCAGCUCAACGGCACCGGCAACCACACCCUUCAUGUCCCUGGCGAUGACCAUGGCGAUGACGACGACGACGACGAUUAUUGGGCGCGGUAUGAUGCCACGCCUGCGCGAUCACCAGCCCAGAAGCAAUCUCCCGCUCCCCCGUCAAUGACCACGUCCCAAGCAGGCGGCCAACUUUCAGCCUCGGCCGAGGACGAUUACUAUGCCCAGUAUGAUGACGUCCAGCCUGCCAUGGACCCCCACGACCCUGACGAGGCGACGGAGCAAGCACACAUUGCCCCACCAUUGGGUCUCAGCCAAGUCAAAACCCACGAGUCUCCGGAGGCAACUGAGUUGAACGAGACGCAAGGUGCAUGGACUCUCGCUGAGCUCGAGAAAACCGACUCGAAUCCGAAUUCAGGCGGAGACGAUGCCGAUCGUCUUUCUGCACUCGUUCACCCGCGACCAGCCUCGAGCGCUAGCUCCAACGGUUCUCAGACCGUUGCCAAGCUUGAAGCCACAGCCGACAAGCAGGAGCAAAAUGAGUUUGGCGUCAAGCAGCACGUGUCCCGUAGCAUCCGCAGUUUGUACUUUCUGGCACGAUCCUCGGGUAUCAACCGUGACGAGUUUGAGCGUCUCAUUCACACCGAACUCGAUGUUCUCGGGAUGAUGGAGGACCAUGAUUGA